CAGUGAACGCAUCACACUGCUAAUUUGUACAUGUUGAGUCUGUUUUAAAGACCUCUGAUCUGUUGAGGUUCAGCCUUAACUGACUUUGUGUUAAAUGUUGUCCCCUCACUAUAAUAUAUAUAUAGAUAUAUGUUGCUGUGGUCUCUGCUGUGAUGUCUGAUGAAUACUUGUGUUUUGUUAUCAGUGCGUAAGCUGCAGCUGUGUGACGAGUUGGACCGAUCGUCCUGUGGAAACGUGCUGUUCAACGGAUACCUGCCUCCACCAGUGUACCCGGCGAAGCGGCGUAACCGUCACAGCGUGGCCGGGUCUCAGUUCAUGGCGGGUCGGGUGGCUCCGGUCAGACGGAGCAACACGAUGCCUCCAAACCUGGGGAACUCUGGCAUACUGAGAGGAAGCACCGAGGAGAGGACACCCGGAGGUCAGUUGUCAGAUACCGGUAUGGUUCGGAUCAUCUGUGGUCAUCACAACUGGAUCGCUGUGGCUUACGCACAGUUUGUCGUCUGCUACAGGGUUAAGGAGUCCACCGGGUGGCAGCAGGUCUUCACCUCCCCCCGUCUGGACUGGGUGAUCGACCGAGUCGCCCUGAAUGCCAAAGUGAUGGCCGGCUCUCUGGGAGACAACGACAAGAUGGUGGCCGUGGCCUCUGGGACGGAGAUCAUCCUGUGGGCCAUCUGUCCCGACGGCAACGGGAACGAAAUCGGCGUCUUCAGUCUCAACGUGCCGGUGGAGGCGCUCUUCUUCGUUGGUAACCAGCUGAUCGCCACCAGCCACACGGGGAAGGUCGGGGUUUGGAAUGCCGUCACCAAACACUGGCAGAAUCAGGACGUCGUUCCCAUCAGCAGCUACGACACCGCCGGCUCCUUCCUCAUCCUGGGCUGCAACAACGGAUCCAUCUACUAUAUAGAUGUGCAGAAGUUUCCUCUGAGGAUGAAGGACAAUGACCUGCUGGUGACGGAGUUGUACAGAGACCCAACUGAAGACGCCAUCACUGCUCUCAGUGUCUACCUCACUCCCAAAACCAGUGACAGCGGGAACUGGAUCGAGAUCGCGUACGGGACCAGCUCAGGGGCGGUUCGAGUCAUCGUUCAGCAUCCAGAGACGGUCGGCUCAGGACCGCAGCUCUUCCAGACCUUCUCCGUCCACCGCAGCCCCGUCACCAAGAUCAUGCUGUCUGAGAAACACCUCAUCUCAGGUACAGGUCCUAGAGACACCUCCUCUCAGGUACGGGUCCUAGAGACGCCUGGUCUCGGGUCCGAGACCUAGAGACGCCUGGUCUCGGGUACGAGUCCUGGAGUCGCCUGGUCUCGGGUCCGAGUCCUGGAGUCGCCUGGUCUCGGGUCCGAGACCUGGAGUCGCCUGGUCUCUGGUCCGAGACCUGGAGUCGCCUGGUCUCUGGUCCGAGACCUGGAGUCGCCUGGUCUCUGGUCCGACUCCUGGAGACGCCUGGUCUCUGGUCCGACUCCUAGAGACGCCUGGUCUCUGGUCCGAGACCUAGAG